UCACCUUAUCUCCAAAUUCCUCUCCUUUCCUUUAUCAUACGAACCUCUCUCAAUUCCCCACGGCAACUGUUUGAUUUUCCAAAACUUCAAUGGCAUCCAUCUCCGCAGCAGCACUCUCAGCCGCGGCGGCAGCCAUUGCAUGCUCCGGAGCGAGGAGGGCGCCCACAGUGCGGUAUGUCGGAGGCCUGAACUCCUUCUCAGGGCUCAAGGCCGACAACGAGGUGUCAUCCCUCGGCCAGCCGACGACCGCCGCACGGUCCUUCGCUAAGGUCGCGAGCUCCCUGCGAGCGCCGCCGAAAGGGAAGCGGAGCAGCGGCGGAGCAUUGUCGACGACCUGCAACGCCGCGGGGGAAAUUUUCCAGAUCGCGGCCAUCAUGAACGGCCUUGUCCUGGUCGGCGUCGGCGUCGGGUUCGUCCUCCUGCGAGUGGAGGCGUGGGUGGAGGAAUCGGAGUAGGCGCAUGCGUGCAGCAUUAUUAAUAUAUUGUUAAUUCUGUCCCCGCAAACUUGUGUUCCAGAUUUCCAGACGUUCAUUUGGUUUAUUUGCAAGCAACAAUUUCUUUUCUGAA